AUGCUACCGGCGGAUAACGAGCUAACAGAAUUUGGGAAAUCAAUUAUGAAUUCGGCUGAAUAUCGUAGGAUUCUGAGAAACAAUGGACCAAUAGAUUCUGGUGGUAUGGCAGACGAACUAGGUGAAUCUGAUGGUUGUAUUGAUACGCAUUCGGAUCUUGCAGAACAAUCUGAGACAGUUUCGAGCGGUGCGGCGCACGAAGUAGUUGAAAUGAAUGAUUGUGUUAGGGCUGCGUCGAGCAGUUCAGAACAAUCCGUAGUAGAACGGAAAUUAGUGGAGCGAACACCAAGAAAACUCAUCAAGAUUAUUCAAUCCAUUUUACGUCGACGAUCAGUUAUGUUCAGCAAAAGUUAUUUAAACUCAUUGAACUUCGAUUCAGAAGAUAUUUCAAGCAGCAUCCAAUUGUUAAUUGAAUCCAAUAUUUUAUGUGUGAAGCCAAUGGUCACAAGCAACAAUCGAAAGUAUGAUGUUUACUUGAAGGUCAUCCCAUCAACGGAUAUUGUCGAAGAAAAGCGAUUUGAAGAAAAACUGUACAAUUUUGAAAUUGCUCUGGAAGAUUACUAUGACGGUUGUCGCGGUUUAAUGGUAACAGGAGCGUCAGUUCUAACGGAGGAAGCACGGAUCGAGUUGACAUCAGCACCCUAUGAUCGGUUCAAUAUUCCCAUUGGAAAGACAGACGUGAAGAACUGUGAAAUGCUACAAGGAAACGAGCAAAUAUCAGAGAAUUGUGAUCGUUCUUGCAGCGCAACUGGCACGAACAAUGAAGAAAAUUCGGCAGAUACGAUGAGUAAUACUGUGUACGGCUAUGGUUGUGCAGGUUGUGUUAUGUCAAUCGGUGAAGAUUGCGAAGAACAGAAAUUUAUACUACAAACAACAGACAGUGAUGACGAAGAACUGUUGUCAGUCGUGCUAGAAAUGGAAAAAGUGUUUUAUUCGAGUCAAGAUGAGAGCACACAAUCUCUAUCGCCAAGUAUCAGAGUGUUGCUGCAUUCGAAGAGUGAUGAUGAACAUUUGUUGCCUGUCAUGUUGGAAAUGGAAAAACUGUUUUCUUCGAACCAGCAAAAGGUCAAAGCAUGUGAAUCGGCAAGUAGUAGUACAGUAUUCGGUACGAACGAAACAGAAUUGUUGAGCUCUUCUGACAUCGCGGAGACGAAAAGUCAGAGUGGGACCAGAUUUCGGAACCUAGUUCAGCAGGU